AUGCUGGGUGGGACGAGAUGGAUGGAGGACCAUGGGUUCGACCCAGCAAUGGAAAAAACCGAGUUGGUGUUGAUUACAAGAAAGCACAUACCAACUGUGGUACCAAUGCAGUUUGGCUCAGAGGAGAUCCAGACGAAACCGGCAGUUAAACACCUGACAGACGGCAGCCAAGGCAUCAGCAGUAACGUCGGCUCUAAGCAGGCUUAUGGCAAAUUUAAACGGGCCAAGAUCAUGCAAAAGACGACUGCUAAUGUCAGUGGCCCAAUCCAUAAUGCUCUACGGAUCAGAAAUAUUGGCGGACGCACUUCAAAAGAGGACCUACCGGAGAGGCUUGGCAGCGGUUCAGCAAAAGGGGGUCUUAAGAAUUGCGUGCUCAUAUCAUACGGUAUCAGAACCAGAACAGGUGUGUUGCCGAUUGAUCUGAUGGCCCAGGAGAAAAAGCUGGUAUUCGAAAGAACACCAGAAGUGGGUAAGCACAUAGCCAAAAAGGAAGCCAGAGCUCUUUUCACGCAAAAAUGGCAACAACGGUGGGACAGCGAUCAUCGAGGAAGAUGGACGGCAAGGCUGAUACAGCAGCUAAACACAUGGCUGGAUCGUACCCAUGGAGAAAAGAAUUACUAUAUAAUGCAAUUCCUCGCAGGACAUGGGUAUUUCCGAUCAUACCUAUACAAAAGAAACAAAGUGAGCAGUCCUAAGUGUGGAUAUUCCGAGGCGGAAGAAGGCGAUGCAAAUCACACCUUCUUCGAGUGUGACCACUGGGUCGAUCUUAAACAUAGGCUGGAAAGCGAGAUCGGAAAAGUAACGCCUGAUAAUAUUGUUGGCUUGAUGCUGCAAAACGAGGAAUGGUGGGGUAGGGUAUCCACCACGGUGUGCCCACUCUAA